AUGUCGCAGAUACGUCUUACCAACGAGCAGAAGCUGCGCAUCUGCAAGCACCAGGAUGAUAACCCGCGCAUCACCCAGACUGCCCUGGCGGCUUGGACAAAGGACGCCUUUGACCUCCAGAAGGCACUUUCCCAGGCAGCGAUCAGCAAAAUCAUCAAAAAAAGGAAGGAGCUUGAGGCAAUGGACACCACUGACCUCAGCGCUAAGCGUCCUCGGACUGUCCAGCACCCAGCUGUGGAGGAGGCCGUCGCCUUCUGGGUCUUGCAGUGCCAGCACCGUGGGGCCGCUCUCACUGGAGAUCUCAUACGGGCCAAGGCUCAGACCUUUGCGGGAUCAAUGGGCGUCUCGGAGGAAAACAUCAGCUUUUCGCAUGGGUGGCUCCACAAAUUAUAG